GAUAAAUCAACAUCACUUCACGGCCAUAACUGGCGAACCCACGGUCAUCUUUAAAUAGAAUAAUCUUCACGCAGACAACGCAGUUGCUCGCGAGCAUUCAUUGUACGCAAUUCGAGGGGAAUAACAAGUGCCAUGGAGCUAAUCUAUAGUAUAACGAUAGCUCUCAUAGUUGUAUUCAUUCUGUUACUCUAUCGUUGUUUAACCGUGAAUUAUGGUUAUUGGAAGGAGAGAGGAAUUCCUGUUCCCGCCGGAGUUGUUCCGGGCUUUGGACACCUGUUACCAACCUUCACCAUGAGGAAAGCUUUGGUGAAUGUUUUGGAGGAGAUCCAUCAAGAUUAUUCCAAAAGCAGCAUGGUCGGUAUAUACAUGAUGAGGAAGCCAGUGCUAUUGAUAAGAGAUGCAGACCUGGUGAAGACUGUUCUGCAAACCCAAUUCAACAACUUCCGUCAUCAUCAAACGAUGCAGACCGACUUUGACCCUUUGAUGGACCAAAAUCCGUUCUUCUUGAAUGACCAGAAGUGGAAGGACGCGCGCAGUGUUGUCCUUUCCACGAUGACAUCCAAGAAAUUGAAGGCACUUUCGUUAGUUCUCCGCGAUGGUUGUUCGAAAUUCAUCAAAUAUCUGAAUAAUCAGUUGGAGAGCAAAAAGACUAUAGACCUUGAAGGCAAAGCCCUCUUCAAAAGAGUGACUGUUGAGGUGUCCGCCAAUGCAGUUCUGAGUGUUGAAGAAGGAAUGUUCAAUGACGACUCUCCGAAGAUUUUCAAGAACAUGAUGGAGACGGUUUUCGCACGUUCGACCCUGCAAACCAUCAAAGGUAUUGCGUUAUUAUUCUUUCCAGCGUUGAACAGCUUCUUCAGAAUGAGUUUUGUGCCCAAGUGGGUCAACAAACGAUUCACAAACAUUGUGGAGAAUUUGAUAGACGAGAGAGAAAGUGGGAAGACCAAAAGGGAAGAUGUCCUUCAGAAUCUGACUGAGUAUCGCGCUGAGAAGAAUAUACCACGGGCUUCUGUGAUCUCCACGGUGUUCGCGUUCUUCAUAGAGAGCUAUGAGACAUCCAGCUUGACCAUGAGCUUCCUCGCUUGUGAUCUGGCGCAGUAUCCAGAAGUUCAAGAUAAAUUGAGGGAGGAGAUCAAUUCCGUUGCCAGUAAGUUUGGAGGUGAAAUUCCGUACGAAGCUGUCAGCGAAAUGACGUAUUUGGAUCAGGUGAUGUCCGAGUCCAUCAGGCUUCAUCCUAUCGCGGCAUUGUUGAGAAAAUUGUGCUCUGAGGAGACGGAACUUGUGGGUUCGGAUGGUCUUCGAAGUAAGAUGAAACCAGGUGACAAGGUUGUCCUCUCGAUCUACGGUCUGCAUAAAGAUCCUGCUCACUGGGAUAGACCUUACGAAUUUCGACCAGAUCGCUUUGACAAGGAGUCCGAGGAAUGCAAACAGAGGCAUAAUUACGUUUAUCUGCCGUUUGGAGAAGGCCCCAGGAUGUGUCCGGGGAUGAGAAUGGCGAUUCUCGUUGUCAAGCUGGUUAUUGUGAAUGUUUUGAGGAACUUUGUCAUUGAGAAAUCUCCAAAAUUGCAAGAGCCCGUGGUAUUGGAUCCUUUGAGCUUCCUGCCGUAUAUCAAAGGUGGAGCUUGGAUACGAUUAAGACGUCUAGAAUAACUAUUGGAUAUGGCUGUUAUCAAUCGCAACGUUGUCUACUACUUCAACUAAAGUAACAUUAAUGUUUUUUUCUUCUAGAAAAUAGUUCAUAGAUAACGUAUUGAUAAACGCAAUUAGUGUUUAUGUUUUCAAUGAAUUAUAAGGAGUGACGAGAAGUGUGCAACUAAUGCUCGACAACAAUAUUAUUGAAAUCAAUAGGAGAAUUGCAAAUGAGAAUGUUCUUUCGUAGAAAAGCUUCGUACCUCUGAGUGCAGUGUAUCCAAAAAAUUAUUUUUUACUCAAGUAAACCUCUAUUGUUCGAAAUAAAGGCACAUAGACAUCAGAAAUCA